AAGGAAGAGAAAUAAGGACAUGAAAGGUCCCGGUUCGAGGUCCUGGAUCGACCUUUCGUUGCUAUUUUCAUUCUUUUCAAUAGAAACACUCUCAAUAACAGGUCAAAAAAAAUUAAAAAUGGCAGUGACCGUUUACGAAAAGAGACGACUGCACCGGGAGCAGCUACAGGAUCACUUAUCAUUACUAUCCUUAUUUUUUGACUGUCAUGGUAAGUCUCAUUAUUUUCGUAGCCUCUGCGAACUCUUUUCAGAGACGUUCGUAAAUUGUGUGGCUCAAAAAAUGUUUAAAAAAUGCUUCCAAUCUAGUUUGAUUUUAAAGCCCCGUGCAAACGGACCCAACAUUGUUGGCGAACAACUCCCAACAUUGUUGGAUGUUACAUGUUAUGUUCGUUUUAAUAACCUGUUGCAUGUUGUUGCUUGUUGUUGGGAGUUGGCGCGCAAAGCUUGAAACCGGUCAAACUCUUAGCCACAUGCAAACGGACGCAACAACUCGAAACAUCAGUUUGGGCCAACAAUUUCGUACAUCUCAAGAUAGCAAUGAGUGAUUAAGCGGGUCAUACUAGAUCUUGUAGAUGGUAAAUGGUAAUGUAAAUUUAAAAGUCGAAAACAUAUUAACUUGAAUGUUUUUCUAAAGCACAACAAAGACAGUAAAAUCAAUUUAUCAGACCCUUCUCUGAGUGCGUAUCCCCGGCGUUGAAUAGCCAGUCAGAGCAAAGACCAACCGGCUGCUUUUAAUCGGUCGACAGAGAUCUAAAUAUCUGAAUUGAAUCGAAGUAUUCCAAGAACAAGAUGGCAGUAUUUUUCUUCGCGCGGAGGUAAUAUUAUGAAAAAGACAGAUGUCCUUUUAAAGGGCACUAAAGAAAACAUUUUUGCUGGUCAUUUUUUAUAGGAUUAUGCCUCCCAUUAAAGGUAGAAGACAGAAGCGUGAUACUCGAUGCUAGAAUAACUGCAAGUUCUUAUUUUGGGUUUGGCGGUUCAGAUCCAUACUAUCCAUAUUUUGGGCGGUUAAAUGAGAACAGAGGAAGAGGUGGUUGGUGUCCCAAGACUUCCUCAACUUCUGAGUAUCUUCAAAUUGAUAUGGGCAGAGACCGUUUCGUUUGUGGAGUGGCAACCCAAGAAGCCAAAGAAACUCAGUUCACUACUAGUUAUAAGAUACGUUUUUCAUCGGAUGGUGCAACUUGGAAAACCUACAAAGAGAAUAAAUCUGAAAAGGUAAACAUAGUGCAAGAUAAAAAGUAAGAAAUAUACUACAUCCUUUUGUUAUUACUAUUUAUUACUAUUUACCUUAGGUUAGCUUUAUUUUCCUAGGUUACUGUAUUGUUAUUAUUAUUGUUUAAGUUACAAACAGUAUUAUGAAGGUGGUGAUGAUCCUUGCAGUUGAAUAAACAACCUAAGCAGUCGAUUGAGUACCUGAAAAAAAUUAGGCUUGACCUGAAAUAUAACCCUGGACCCAGUUGUUCGAACGCGGUUAGCGCUAACCCGGGGUUAAAUUAUAACCCGGGUUUCUUUUUCUUUUUAUCAAAAGCACUCCUUUCUCGGAUAAUUUUCUCUAUUUAUUUUAGCACAUCCAAUCAUCAAAUUGUAGGCGGAGAGAAUUCAACUGAUUUGGCUUUUGUAAGCUCUCAUAUCUGAGUUCAAAAAUUUGCACCAACCCUGGGUUAUCUAAAUCCAGCUUCGAACAACCCGGCCCUGGGGCCCGUUUCUCGAAAGUCCCGAUAAUUAACGGGCCCGGUAAGCUGUCGCCGUUUGCAUUAAAGAUCGAGGUUUCAAUAGUUUUGCAUCUAGCAUGAUAAAACCAUCACUUAGUGAAACAAAAUGGAGUAGUCUGCUAGCUGGGACCCGCGCUCUUAUUCUUUAUAUUUCGAUUUGAAUAUUUGAUUUCGGGCCCAAAAAGUUACCGGGACUUUCGAGAAACGGGCCCCUGACCAGUACGAUGACCGGACGCAACGCGCUGUCCAUUGAGUGGGUUCAUAAAAAAGCCGAUGGUCCAAAUGAAAUCAGGGUGGUAAUGUAUGAAAUGACUCGUAUUUUGGAAUGCGGAUAAAGAAAUGAAAGUGGAAAUGAUCCUCGCUGUUGAAUAAACAACCUACUAGUCCGACACCGUAAUUUUGGCCCUGGCCAAGCGACUUUUCAGAGAGCUUUCCUUAUUAUUCACUAACUCGUGGAUCGACGAGUCUUUUUAAGCUAGUUUUCACCAAAAUACAAUUAAACCAAGGUGUCCGAUCUAAGGUACCCUACGAGCAGAGGCUACAUUUUCGCUGUGUAAGCUAGCGUGCGAAAAGUAGCCUCUGCCGACAACCGUUCAAAUCCGUCCAGAAAUCUGGACGAAUAAAUUAAAAAAACGGGCCUUUUUCUGUUCUUGACCGGUUUAGAGCAUUGCGUGAGUCGAGCGUGAGUCUUGCCUAGCAGAUCAGAGUUGUCGCAAUUUGUUUAAUCCCGCGAAACUCGCGCCAUUUGACGACAGACCUGACGAUUAAUUUCCCUUGAGAAUCACAUGACGAAUUUCGAGCACGCACGAUAGAAAAUUGAACGGUUGUCAGCAGAGGCAGCUAUUUUUUGCACGCCAGUUCACAUAGUGAAAAUGUAGCCUCCGCUCGCAGGGUUAGAGCUAAGGGGACGAAUCGCAAAGCAAACGUCAGUUUUUGUUCAACGAACUUUUCAAGCGACCAAAAAUACAUUCCCUUUAAAGUCACGUUUUUCCUUUAGGUAUUCGUUGGAAAAAGAAGCAUCUUGCAGCAUUCCCUCAGCACCACCGUCAAGGCCAGAUUUGUUCGGUUUUAUCCCGUUGCAUACAGUGCUUAUCCAUGCCUGAGAGUUGAAAUAUUUGUCGUCCGUUGAUGCAUCGACAAGGCUCAUUUAAGAGAGCGUAAUGGUUAUGUAAAACUUAGUGUUAAGUUCUUGCUUACUUAAGGACUCAUUUACGCUAUGUAAAACGGCAAUUGAAAGCAUGCGUUGCAAUUUUCGCCUGUACCA